AUGUUUCUUUACCAGCUGCUCAACUUCUUCUUUGCUGCUUCCAAUAAGGAGGAGAAGGAGGACUCUAAAUAUGACCUGUCUCUUUACAAGCGCGGUGACCUGCUAGAAGUCCCCAGGACAUUAUUCACGCACUUUGGCAUCUACCUGGGGGACAACCGUGUGGCUCACCUCAUUCCGGACAUCCUGCCUGUGAUUUCCAAGAACAAAUCUGCAAUCGCCAAGAUGGUGACGAACAACCGCCUGCUGCUGGGGGUCAUCACCAAGGUCGCCAGCGUUAGAGUGGACAACGUGGCAGAUUUUGCAUAUGGGUCUGAGAUUCUGGUCAACCACAUGGACAAGGUGUGCAGCCAGCCGGCCCUGGACGGGGACGAGGUGGCCAGGAGGGCGGAGAAGCUCCUCGGCUCCGUCACCUACAGCUUACUGUGGUACAACUGUGAACACUACGUCAUGUACUGCAGAUAUGGGAUGGCCAUCAGCUACCAGACGUACCAGUUCUGCACAACAGUACGGAAGAUCGUUUGCAGCCGGAUGAGCUCCUAUCUGACGGCUCUGUGUGGUGUGAGCAUCCUGCUGUAUCUGGGCUGUGUGACGCCGCUGACUGUUCUGCCCACUCUGCUCAUCUCAUUCACCAUCUGGAUGGCAGCCUGACGGCCUCCGGAGAGACGCAUCAUGAGAAAAAGACUGAUUUAACACACUAGUGGAAGCUGAAACGAGGUCCCAAGGUGUAGCCGGAGGACUGAAGGCAUUGGGAAACAAAUGUGUUAAAAAGUGUCAUUAAUUUUGACUUUUUCUUGAUUUGUUUUUAUACGUUAACUGAGGUUUUAUCUUUCUUUGCCCUCCGUGAUUAUCGUUUUCACACUCCUUCUCUGUUAGAUGUCUAGUUUUUGCAAGUGAUUCAUCAUUAAUGUUCACCAGGCUCUGAUAUUCAACAUUAAUCUCUUUAACUGUAGCAGCUCAUAGAUUAUGAAUGACUCAGAACAGAGGCAGAGAUAAAGCUGAAGAGAUAUCUGGAAAGAAGAGACUGACCUAUGAAAAAAAGGUUGUUUCCGUGGAAGGAUGCUGCAGGAAAAUUGUACUUAAUGUAUUUUUUUUUUCCUUCAGAUUGUUAAUUAAUUACACACAUUGUGCUUCAGUUAAAAGGCUGGCUUGGACAAAGUGCAAUAAGUUUCUCCUCACUGGAACGCUGUAUGAUUCUGAUUCCUCACAAUGUGCUCGU